AUGAAGAAAGACAUGGUUUUCCGGCUAUGUUUGGGAGCAUUGAUUGCACACACUGGAAAUGGAGAAAUUGCCCCGUGGCAUGGAAAUGCCAGUAUUCGAGCGAUCAUCAUGGAGCGCCUUCGUUGGGUUGCGGGUUCUAACAACGACGUCAACGUUCUCGAUCAAUCACUAAUAUUUGACGAUCUUUUGUCAGGAAAAGCCCCGGAUGCUCCUUUCACAGUGAAUGAAAAUGAAUAUAAUUUUGGGUAUUACCUUAAAAACAGAAUAUAUCCACAAUAUUCGACGUUUGUGAAGGUAUUUCGACACCCAAUAGACCCAAGGGAUAAAUAUUUCAAGAGACGACAAGAAGGAGCACGUAAGGACGUUGAACGUGCUUUUGGGGUUUUGAAAUCAAAAUGGCACAUAGUUGAACAUGCGGCGAGACCUUAUGAGUUAGAUACUCUACGAUAUAUCAUGUAUGCGUGUAUCAUAAGAGUCGUUGAUAUUCAAGAUCAACGAAAACACAAGCAACUCCGUGAAGACUUGGCGGAUUACAUCUAUGUUGGUCACGAAGAUGAAGAUGAAUAG